AUGUCCAUUACAAAAAUCCACGCUCGCCAGAUCUUCGACUCGCGCGGUAACCCUACCGUCGAAGUCGAUGUUUACACUGCCAAAGGUCGCUUCCGUGCUGCUGUCCCAUCUGGUGCUUCGACUGGCAUCCACGAGGCAGUCGAGCUCCGCGAUGGUGACAAGAACGCAUAUGUUGGCAAAGGAGUCAGCAAGGCUGUUGCCAACGUCAAUGAUAUUAUCGCACCUGCGCUGAUCAAGGCUGGCAUCUCUGUCCUUAACCAAAGUGAAAUCGACGAUUUCCUCAUCAAACUCGAUGGAACGCCCAACAAGGGAAAACUCGGUGCCAACGCCAUCCUCGGCGUCUCUAUUGCUGUCGCUGAAGCUGGUGCUGCUGAGAAGGGUGUUCCCCUGUACCAACACUUCGCCGAUCUCGCUGGUGUCAAGCCUCCCUUCGUUCUCCCUUGCCCCGCUUUCAACGUUAUCAAUGGCGGUUCCCAUGCCGGUAACAAGCUCGCUUUCCAGGAGUUUAUGCUCCUUCCCACUGGAGCCACCUCUUUCACCGAGGCCAUGAAGAUCGGAACAGAAACCUACCACACCUUGAAGAAAGUCAUUAGCGCAAAAUACGGAAUUGAUGCCGUCAACGUUGGUGAUGAGGGAGGUUUCGCCCCUAACGUUUCUGGCGCCGAGGAAUCCCUUGAGCUCCUGUCCGAGGCCAUCAAGAAGGCCGGAUACGAGGGCAAGAUCAAGAUCGCACUUGAUGUCGCCUCAUCCGAGUUUUACAAGGACGGCAAAUACGACCUCGACUUCAAGAACCCCAACUCUGACCCCAGCAAAUGGAUCUCUGGCAAGGAAUUGGCCGACCUUUACCUAGGUUACGUUAAGCAAUACCCCAUUGUAUCCAUUGAGGAUCCCUUUGAUCAGGAUGACUGGGAGGCUUGGACCCACUUCACCAAGCACAGUGGCAUCCAGAUCGUCGGUGAUGAUCUCACUGUUACCAACCCCCUUCGCAUCAAGACCGCCAUCGAAAAGAAGGCUUGCAACGGUCUUCUCCUGAAGGUUAACCAAAUCGGUACCAUUUCCGAGUCCAUUCAAGCUGCUCAGCUUGCCCAAUCAGAUGGCUGGGGUGUCAUGAUUUCCCACCGUAGCGGUGAGACUGAAAACACCAUCAUUGCCGACCUAUCCGUCGCUCUUGGGGUCGGUCAAAUUAAGACUGGUGCCCCUGCACGAAGCGAGCGUGUCGCCAAGUACAACACUCUGCUCCGCAUUGAGGAGGAACUUAAAGAGACCGGUGCAACCUUCGCCGGCGAGCGUGGACUCUCCGCUGGUUUGACGCCUCCCGCCCUUAUCAAGAAGUAA